UGUGGCGUCUGGCGUCUGUAUUUGUUUAAAUUUUUUUGUUUAUCAUAAAUAUAUUUUGUAAUACAACGUAGACUAAGUUAAGGUUAAUAAAUUAAGAUUCAUUCUAGAAUACAAUAAAAAUUUACAGUAUACACACUAUUAAAAUAUCCUAACAUGGAUCGAAAUAUGAGAUCAACAUAUGUCAAUAGUGGACCAAGGUCUCUACCACAUAUUGGCAGCAAACGUCACAAUGGUAAUGGCCAUAAUGGACCACGACUGAGCCCACCAGCUCAAACUACAGUCAAUAUACAUACUAACAAUAAUAAUGUUAAUAAUGCCUGUCAACAUGAUGAUCUCAUUAAUUAUAUUUAUGAUUCUUGGAAUAAGGUGACCCGUGAAUUAGAAAGAGGCAGUGAAGAGGCAAAAUAUUACCAAGAGCUUCCACCUCGGCAGUUGGCUAACUUCAGACCGUUUGAUCUAGAAGAAUGGUGGGCACGACGACUCAUCCAGUCAAUUAAUAGAAACAAACAUUGUUCCUAGUUCAUGCGAUUGGUAUUGUAAUUCAUAUCUCAUUGUAGCAAUAUACUAAAUUCCAUAGAUAUGAAAAAUAAUUAAAAAUUGUUGAAUUUCAAUUAAGUCACAAUAACACACAUAAAUUCUAAUAUACUACAUUAAUUCACAAAAAAAUGUUUGAGUAAAAAUUAGUUAGUAUUUCCACAUUUAAACAAAUUUUUUAGAAGGUCAAGGCCAGUAGAUAAAUUAUACAUUUAGAAUUUUUAUACAAGUUCAUGUUAUUAUUAAUGUAUAUUCAAAAAGCAAUAACUAGAAGCUAAUUUUUAUUGGCUUUUAAUGUGUGUAAUUUAAAUAAAAGUAAGGUUCAAUACAUAAGAUAUUACAAAAAAAAACGUUUUUUAUCGAAAAACAAAACAAAAUAAAAAUGGCAUUAUAAUCGCGGUUUUUUUAAUAUUGUAUUGCAACAAAAUAACUUUGAUCCGAAAUAGUAAAAGUAUUUUGACAUUUUUUUUCUUUCUUUGGAAGAACAGUUUUUCUGACAAGACUUCUUAAAAAAAGUUUUUGCUUUGUGUUUUUAUAGUGUAUGUUUGAGAUUUAAUACACAUGAUAAACGAAAUGACAAUAUUGUUUUUUGCGAGUAUUAGACAUUUAAAUAAAACUUUUUGAAUCACAUUCUACAUAACUACAUAAUAAAUUAGUUAAACAAGUUAAUCUUUAUAUAUAGGUUCUAUUGUCUAUAUUUGCAGUUGACAUUUCUGAUUUGCAUACCAGUAGACACAGUUAGACGAGAAUGCUUCCUGAAUGUGAUAGGUACAUAUGAGUCUUCAUACAUACAUUUAUACAAAGUACUUAUUAUGUAUUAUUCACUUGGUGGAAAUAGAUUUUUUGUGUUGUACUUAGAUGAAAAUUUAAAAAAAAAUAUCAUUUUCUCAUUCCAGACUGAUUGAUUUUCAGCGAAAAAAUUUAAUAUGAUCAUGAUAUGCAUUAACUGUAUCCGUAGAUUUAUUUUAGAGAUUAAUGUGUAAGUUAACUUAGUGUGAUUUUCUAUUUUAAGGUUUUCUUUAGUAUCAGCUAGUGUAUUUAGUUCAUAGAUUUAUCACAAUACUGGUAAUGAUUUAUAAAAAUCGACACAUAACUAGCAUUGACAUUUUUUAUUCAAAUUUAUUUUUAUCUCAUACUUAAUACGUGUUUAUGAAUGUAUAAAUUAAUAAAGUUUUUUGCACUUCUACAAUAAUGACCUAGAUAGGAUAACAUUUUUAUUAUUACAGAAUAGAAUAGUUACAAUAGAUAAAAAACAAAUUGUCUAUGCCCAUUUUAUAGAUGAAAGCUAUAAUCACAUCUUACUAUAUUCAACAUUCCAAUAAAUUGUAUUUUAUAAGUAAAGCCUAUUACGAACGAAGUCCUGGGAUCUAUAAUAAGUACAUGAAGACAAUGUGGUCUCUUAUCUUAUAAGAAAUAUUAUUUUUAAAUAAUGCUUUCAAAAAUAGGUCCCUACGGCAGCUAAAUCAAUUAUUCCUUUAAUACAAAAUAAAUAGAUGGCGCCACUUUUAAAGGGCUUCUUUCGUAAGGCAAGCAUUUGAAUUGUUGUAAAUACGUUACAUAGAGUUGAAGCGCUCUUAGAAUCAGGAUUUUAAUAAAUACAUUUUUUCUAA